AUGAAGAAAGACUAUCGCAUCUCCCGCAACGUGCGCCUCGCCUGGGUCCUCAGCCGACUCCAUCAGGUCAUCUGGGCUGUGCCCGAGCCGGAGCUGGUGAAGUCAGAAAAUGAACUUGAUGUUCUCAGCAUCCUGCCUAACGGGUGGCAGCCAGACGAGCCUGUCCAGCCCAGGCCCUAUCUCCUCGUGCCCUCUACGCGGGUCACCUUCCUGGCCCGCCAGUACCGAUUUGUGAUUGAACUUGAUCUGAGCCCUUCCACGGGGAUUGUGGAUGACUCAACAGGGGAGAUAAUUUUUGAUGAAGUGUUUCAUGCCCUUUCCCGAUGCUUGGUGGGAUUGUUAAGACCCUUUCGUAUCCCUGGCUCAGACAUUAUCUACCAGCCAGAGAUCUUUGUCACCAUCCAGGCUUAUUCCUCCAUCAUUGGCCUGCAGUCCCAUCAGGUGCUAUUCCAGGGCUGUCAGCUGGAUGAGUCGAAGCGAGAGGCCUUUCUGCACCAAGUUUACACGCAGCUAUGUGCCUUUGAGAACAAAGUGGCAGAGAUGCUCCAGCAACAGUACGAACCCAAACCGCAGGUGGAUUUGUCGCCCCUGAGCCAAGAGAGCCCUGGUGACGUGCAGGAGUCAUCUGGGAGGAAGCCCAGCAUGUCUGUUGUCACUGCCGAUGUUGGCCUCGUCAGCAUGGUCCGGCAGGGGAUCCUAGCGCUGCAGCUGCUGCCCUCCAACUCCAGCGCAGGUAUAAUAAUAAUUACAGAUGGUGUGACUAGUGUCCCUGAUGUGGCUGUGUGCGAGACUUUACUCAACCAGCUCCGCAGUGGCACAGUGGCCUGCUCUUUUGUACAGGUGGGCGGUGUCUACUCAUACGAUUGCAGCUUUGGCCACGUUCCCAAUGUGGAACUGAUGAAAUUCAUCGCCAUGGCCACUUUUGGUGCUUACCUCUCCACGUGCCCUGAGCUGGAUCCCCUGAGCCUGGAUCUGAAUGUGUAUCACAAGGCAUUUCUGCUGUACUCUUUUCUGCGUACUGGGGAGUCCCUGAAUCCAGAGUACUACUGUGUGUCCCAGCACAGACUGUUCAAUGAGCACCUGGUGUCUGCAAGCAGCAACCCUGCUCUGGCGAUGAGGAGGAAGAAGCACACUGAGAAGGAGGUGCAUGCUGACCUCGUGAGCAUUGUCUCAGUCCGACUGCGCGAGGGCUACAGCAUCCGUGAGGUCAACAUCACGAAAGGUGGGUCUCAGCUAGAAGUGAAACUAGUGCUGCUUUGGAAGCAUAACAUGAGGAUAGAGUACUUAGCUGUGACACCCUGGCCCCUGGACCCAUCAAAGCGCAGCACAUGGGUGGAGGUGACGAUGGAAGGAAGCUAUGACAUCUUGCACGACAUCAGUUGCACCAUGAGGAAGCCUAUCACCAGUCUGUACCGUACUACGGUCAUCCGCCGCUUCUGGAACACCUUGCAGAGCAUCAACCAGACAGAUCAGAUGUUGGUUCAUCUGCAGUCUUUUGACACAGUCCCAGAACACUUCACCAUUCCUGAGAGCACCAAGAAUGGGGUGCCCCUCUUCUAUAUCCCCCCAGGCUCCACCACUCCGGUGCUAUCCCUGCAGCACAGUGGGUCUGACUCAAGCCAUUCCCAGUUUGCCUCCUACUGGAAGCCUAUCCUUUCCAUGGAUGCCAACUUCUGGCAGAGGUGGCUGCACAUGCAUCGUAUAGUCCUCCUUCUGGAGCAUGACACGCCUGUGCCCAAGCACCUGCACACACCAGGCAACAACGGGCGCUACAGCACCAUCCAGUGCCGCAUCUCUCACUCGGCACUCACCUCCUUGCUGCGGGAUUGGAGCAGCUUCGUGCUGGUGGAGGGCUACUCCUACGUCAAACUGAUACAUGGCUCUGAGGAUCCCACACCUUCCUCGUUUUAUGUGGUGCGGAUCAUCUCCAAAGCUCCCUGCAUGGUUCUCCGGCUGGGGUUCCCCAUUGGCACACCCGCACAGGCCAGGAACAAGAUAGUGGAGGAGUUACGGGACCGAAUCUUGCAGCUGCGCUUUCCCCACAGGGUUCAGAGCAAGGAGGCAACUCCAAAAGCAAAGAGGAAAAUGUUUGGCAGUAGUUCUCCCUCCAAGUCUCCACCUGUGGCUGGGGCCCAGUCAGCCCUCUCAGACAGACCCUGCCUCGUUGUGCUGCACAAACCAUUGGAGAAGCUACUCAUCAGGUAUGAGAAGCUGCCUUCGGACUAUCGAGCCCCCUUCAUUCUCAACCUGGAGCAUCCCCCGGUGUCUGGCCCUCUCACUAUGGUGGCCAAUCGUACUGCCUCUUCCACCCUGGCCUCGCUGUCCCGCUACUUCUAUCACCAGCGUUGGAUCUGGAGUGUCCAGUCAGGGCUGGCACCGGCUGUGCCCAUCACUGCUGUAGCCCAGCUCCUUUCCACACUCACAGAGGUUCGUCUGUCAGAGGGUUUCCACUUUGCAUCCAGUGGGGAUGGAAUUAUCAACAUGGUGCUGGAGCUGCCCAUACAGAUCGACGGCUCAAGUGAGAGCAGCAGCAGCAGGGAGAAGCACACCUGUGUCGUCCAAUACAUCCUCUUCCCACCCCACUCCACCUCUACCAAGGACAGCUUUUCCACCGAUGAUGACAAUGAUACGGAGGUAGAGGCCAUUGAGGUGGACACAGAACUGAACCUGGUCACUGAGUGCUGGGUAGAGCCACAGAGCGGCCAUGUCCACAGUACUGCUGAGAACUGGAAGCACCUCCAUGGCUUGCCCUACCAGAAAAUACCUAAAGCGCUCUAUCCCCGGGACCUUGCGUGUAUUGCCACCAUGCUGACCUUUGAGUACAUCAGCCAGUUGUGCCAGAACAAGGAGUGGGUCUGCCCUCCUUCAGACACCAAAGCUACUGAAGAUCCAGACAUGGGAGCUGGUUUUCGAGUUCAUGAGAUCCCAUUCCAGUUCAACCUCAUGAAACUGUUGCCCAGGUGCCAGCAGGUUGAAAUGUUCUUCCUAAUGCUGACAAAAGCAGAGAAUGAGGAGGUGACCAAGGACUCUUCGUCUGUGCCCAAUGAAAUGCUACUAAACCUCUUCCAUGGCUGCCUGCAGCAUGACCUCAGUGACCGGGAGAUCCCCAUGGCUGACGCUGAUCAUGUGGCUUUCAUGGAGCAGGUUCUGCAACGGGACCGUGAUGGCCAUCAACCUCCCUUCACACUCCCUGUGAUCAGAGAAGAAACCCUGAAAGCCUCUGGGACCCUGGAGCAGCAGGAUGCUUCUGCAUCCUAUCAUCUUGUUGGCAGCAAUGGCACCAGGGAUAUGACUGGCUCCACAAGUACUCUGCAGAGCCUUGGCAACACAGAGCUGCCUGAGGAUGACGUGACCCUGAGUGACACGACGGGGCCCUUUCCUCCACAAUGGCGAUGUUAUGCCAAGCUGGUCAACCCGCAGCACGUGUUCCUGACCUUCCUGCCAGCCACCUUCUCAGAUGUACAGAAGCUGAUGGCUUGCGGGUUGGACAAACCUCCAAAAGAUGAGAGUCGAUCUGGAGAGGAUACCCCAGGACCUGUCUGUGCAGAGCGAGUCAGGGCUGAGGCUGAAGAAGAGGAUGCUGCAGUGCCAUUGCCUACCCUCAGCAUAACACCAGCCCACGAGGUGAGCCGUGACCCUGGAGAACCGGGUGGCCCCUCGCGGAGAGACGUACAUAUCUCCUUCUGUCGCCAGAACUCGCAGUCUGAGCUAGGUGAAUGCCGCCGAUUUCGCUGCCCCAUUUACAUCUACAGCUGCUCUUUGGAGCUGUUGCGAGAGCAGCUUGUCAGCCCACGGGCACACCGUUCCCCUCGGGACAUCUUUUUCAGGUCCCAAUCUCUGGAACGUCCUCCUACUGCUGCUUGGCUAGACCACAAGCAUAAGGAGUUGGUGAGUUACUGCACGCUGCUGCAGGAGCAUUCCCACCAGUGCUAUGUGAAAGGGCUGUUCAAGAGCCUUCAGCAGUCACACAGCAUCAGCUCCCAGGACCUACUUACAGCCAUGGACUACUGUGAGGAGCUGCUCCAAGAGAUUGAUAUCACCAACUUCCUGCUGACGGUGUGCAGCCAUGUCCGCUCUUUCCGAGAGAGCCAUCAACAUUUCCGUACGCACUCCAAGACAGCCAACUUCCAAGUGGGCAGCAUAGAGCAAGAAGAAGAGCAGAGCUCUAGGGAACGAGGUGUCUUGGUCUCUGAAUCAAGUGCGGAAAUGGAGGACUACAGCGAGCAGGACUCCCAUAACAUUUCUAGCCCCACAGAGGAGCCAAAGAGUACGGGCACCAGCUGCUGUUCAGAGUUUCCCCUCUCGCUGUUGGAAAUUGGACAGCCCUGCCAGGCGCACCCUGACCUGCAUAAAAUUAUCCAGGAAAAAUUCCUGGAAAUUGGAAGUUUACAUUUCAAGCCGGUGCCAUCAAAUCCUCACUAUUUCUUCUAUUGCCCACCAUCAGCCAAGAAAGAGGAGGAGGCAUCUCGAGAUCAGGCAGACAGGAAAGGCAGUGAGGACAUGGAGGGAUCAGAGGCAGAAACGGCAGCUGAAGAAGGAACUGUAUCUGGGUGCUGCAUUGCCACAGAGAGCGACCCAGAGCUAGAGGUGGAGUACCGUGAGAAGCUGGAGCACGAGUUCCCAGAUACAGAUUCCCUCUCGGACUCCAACACAGUGAACCAGGAUGAUGACUCCUUCAGCGUGCUGGGAGGGGACUCACUCAAUGAACAGGAGUUCCUGGAGCAGGAGAUGCCCCCACUCUUUGUACACCUCACCUGCUCAGUGAAGCUGCGUAGCCAGCACAGCUCCAUGCCCGUGCAGUCCCUGCCGACUUGUCUAGGCGAAGUUCUGGGCUGCCUGGAAAGCUGCCAGGACUUGAACACCAUUGACUUGGGGGACCUCUGUGUGACCCUGGACAUCUUCGUGCUGACAUUGCCCCUGGAGAUAGAAGUAGUGAACGCAGACAUUCUCCACAACAGAUGCACCUCGGAGAGUAGCGUGUCCUUCACACGCUCUCCAGGGCAGCCAUCCUCUUUCCGUUCAGAUGAGGAUAUCAUGCACAACUUGGAACGGCUCCCGUCCACAGGAGAUGAGAGGCACCCUGCACUUUCCAACCUCCCUGGAGUGCACAGGCAGGCUAUUGAAGCUACUAUGAAUGAGAUUCGCUGGCUCCUCGAUGAUGAGAUUGUGUCUGCGCUGCGCCACUCGCAGGUCAUCAGCACCUCCAUCCUGCACCGAGUGGCCACCCACAUCUAUAACUCCAAGGGGCGUCCCAGCUGCCACAGUGAGGUGGUGCUGCUCCAGUUUGUCUUUGGACCUGAGCACUCUCUGGAGAAGUUCAAGGAGGAGUUCAGAAGAAUGUCUCUGCCAGGCUACAUACUCAAUGCAGAAGGCAGUGACUACCACUACAUCUCCAUCAGCCGCCUGCACUCCAGGCGGGCAGCUCCAAACCCUUCAGGGACACCCUGCUUGCAGCAGCCAGCUGGAGGGGGCACCAGGACAGCCCUGGGCCAGGUGGGCCAGGAGGGGAGCAGUGAAGCAGAGGCAGAGGGCUCCGAGCUACACCGUGCAAGCUGUGUCCUCCCAGAAGAAGCCCAGGGUCUUUGGGGGUGGCCAGAGAGUGAGACACGCAUUGUGCCAGACAUAGGAAACCCCAUACGUGGAGGCAGCCACAGACAGGAUGAGGUCCCAGGAGAAGCGCUGAGUCUUGAGCAGAGCAGAGCACCUGGCCAUGACUCCCUGGAGGAGGCAGCUCUAGAGACAACCAUACAGUCACUGCCAUCCUCAUCCUCUGAAAAGGGCAACAGUGAGAAAUCACCAUUGGUGACACCAUCUGCAGCAAGCCUGGCUGACUCUGUAACACAGGGCAGGGAAGGCUCCAGCAAGCAGCGUCCCAGCCGCGUGCAGAGCCUCGUGUCGAGCCAGGGCAGCAUGGACUCUGACCACCUGGGUUACGAUGGGGGAAGCAGUGACUCGGAGUAUGAGGAGGCGCUAAUGAGUGACCAGGAACCCAGGUGUCCCCUCAUGCCGGAUUUCUGGCUCAUCAUAAAAAUCCAGCAGGACCGAGUGGAGGUCUAUUACCACACACGCCUGAGCGUGGAGAAAGCAGAAUCAGCAGAGACAGAAGAGGAGCAGCCAGGGGAGUGCCAGAGUCUCAACCAGGUGGUAGUGAAGAAGAUCAGUGAAAUCUGCAGAGUUGUCAAUCAGCGCUUGCUGCUGCAGGACCUGCAUGACAGCCACAUAUGCAACUCAUUACUGGUGGCAGAAAGCGAGGAGGACAUCUGGAAGAGUGAAACACCCUAUACUUCGUACAGGCAGCGUGUCAUGCCCACAGAUGAUUACUCUGUGGAGGAGAGCUACCAGCCCCGGGACUACCUGGCUGCCACCAUGCAGUUCAUGCCAGGGCACUUUGCUUGUGAUGUUGUGUGGAGCACACUCAUCCAUGUGCAUUCGCGCCUCAAGAUGGGCCCCAACAUGGGAGUCUCACGAGCUAUCCAGGCGCUUCGCUCGGUGCUCAACGCCUUCUCUGUGGUGAACAGGAAGAAUAUGUUUGUCUACCAGGAACGUGCCACUAAAUCUGUUUUCUACCUCCGGUUGACUGAAACCACCUACAGUGGGAAGGUGUGGGAAGCAGAGAGCAUCCUUAGUCCAGCAUCUCGCUCACUGGCACUGACACGCAGCCAGGAGCCCAUUUACACUGAGGAUCUAAUGGGUUCUCGUUCCUCUCUGGACACAGCCUCAUGCCGUAGUGUGGACUCUACCCGUCCUGUGGGACAGGUAGACAGGCACAUCCAGCUGAUGGUCCAUGGUGUUGCCCCAGCAGGGCCUGAGAUUACAGAUGAGCUGGUGAAAGUGCUGCGCAGACGCCUGGAUGAGGCCACCCUGGAUAUCAUCACUGUGAUGCUGGUGCGGAACUGCAAGCUGACCCCAGCAGAUGUGGAGUUUAUCCAGCCCCCUGGGACGCCACCCACAGAGGUCCUGCAGUUCGCACUGCCACCCUCCGCCCUGCCUUGGCUGCAUGCGGUGGCCUACUAUCUGCGCCAGAACCUGCUCAUCUUCCUGCACACCCCAAAGUACACGGACAGCAACGUGGAGCACCACUUCAAGCACUACUUCAACCACAGUGGGAGCGUCCCUGACCAAGAUCUCUAUCUGUACAACAAGCCAGGUGGCCAAGGCACUGGUGGCAAAGGAAUUGCAUGCAUUGCACUGACUUUCGUGGAUGAGCAUGGCAGCCCAACCUUGCUGCCCCACGGGGAGAGGCCUGACCCUCUGAAGCUGCCUUCCUCCUCGCCCAUUGUUGGCCUGCUGCAGGACGCCGACUUCGAAAGCCUCACUGCAGUCAGCAGGCACCAGCCAGAGGCUGGCACCCUGCAUUCAGAGCCCCGCGUGCUGGUGCACCUGGAUAUCUGGGAGAAAGGCAACAUCAGCCUGCUGCAGCUGUCGGAGAAGCUGCGCGGGGCCCUGCGCCAUGCUCUCUGCGAUGCCGUCAUGGAGUUCCUUGUGCUGCCGGCCCCGCUCUGUGUGGAAGCUGCCUGCCCCCUGGGUGCUGCGGACCUGGAGGAGCUGAGCUCUGCGGGAGGCCUAAGGAGGACCAUGUCAGAGACCAAGGGCUUGGCCCUGGCCACUGGUGGGGCUGGCAGGAGCUGUCCUCCACCCUUGCACUUCACCUCUGCCCCUUCAUCCAGCUCUGGGGAGCCAGUGACACCCACGAGCAAGCUGGGACGCCGCAGCUUCUGGGACAUGCUGAGCAAGGCAGAGUCCUCGGAGCUGGGCAGCCCCAAGACUACUGAUGACAUUGUGCUGGAGAGACCAGAAGAGGCUCGCACAAGGCGACGGCACAAGACUGAGAGUGUCAAGCAGCAUCUGAGCCAGGAUCGGGCCACAGCCACAGCUGAGCUGGAACAGGCACAGAGGCGCCGAGCCUGCCAGUUGGAAGAAGGGGAUGUAGGUACCAUGCACCCACUCUUCAAUCAAACCUGCCAGCAGUGGAUGGCAUUCAUGAACCACCUGGGGUGCCCAUCGGUGCAGCAGUGCUCAGUGGAGAUUGUGUCCCGUUUCCUCCUGUCCUCCAUCCUGGUGGAAGUGGUGGCCCUGGUCACUACCCUGGCGAGUGACACCACUGUCAAGGUGUUUGAGCAGAUCUGCUGCCAUCAGGGCACUGCUUUCCUGCCCUAUAAGCCUGGCCAGAGCACCAGCCCUCGCCCUGCAGCCGUCAGACACUUCAUCUUGCUGGGACGCAACUUCCAGCAGUGGCGUUGCAGCACAGAACAGGCUCACAAAGGGCUCCAGCGCUUUGAGGCUAUGGAAUUCAGCUCGGCAGAGAGAGGCUCUGACCCAAGCCUUGUCGGACGAGACCUGGCACCUCGGCAAAGGUUCCUCUUCAUGGAGAUCAUCGACAAAAAGCUGACGCUUUACACCUACAACUGGUCCCCAGACCUGGGAUCCAACCUGAACUGCUCGCUUACUCGCCUGCUGCAGUGGCAGAAUGCCCGGUCCCACAUCGUGCACUGCCUGCUCAGCCAGAAGCUGGGACUCUUCCACCACCACUGCUUCAUGGACACACCGUGGCAUGAGGACAGCAAGCAGGAGCCAAAUCCUUUCCUGAACUCCACUUUGGAGGUGGACGCGCUGAUCCGGAGCUCCAGCCCCCCACCUAGCAAGGAACAAGGCCGGCUGAGCAGCUCUGCCCGCAGCCUACCGUCUCUGCACUUCCAUCCUGAUGUGGUGCCCUUUGAUGAAGCUCUGCGGGAUGUUACCACCAUCAAGCGCAUACCCCAUGGGCCUGAGUUGGGACCUUUUGACCCCGUGUCUCGGCAUGGGGCCCAGUUCCUGGAAAUCAAGAGCAUGGAGAGGAAAGAACUGGAGAAGCAGAUGAAGAUUGAGAAUCUCUUUGUUACCUGGCAGCAGAGAUCAGCGCAGUCCAACAUGCCUAUCAGUCUGGCAGACCUGGAGACCCUGAAGCAGUCCUCACGCCUAGUUCAUUACUGUGCUACCCCAUUGCUGUUUGACCCAGCCUUCCGGCAGCAGAUCCAGACUGACCAGCAGGGCAAGGCAGAGGGAAAGAAGCGCCACCGCUCAAAUGACUCUACAGCUUCAGGGAGGGACCGCAGCCAUAGCUGUGACUCGGCAGAAGCACUGCCCUGCAAGGUGAAGGAGGAGCCCUGGCUGCAGGAGAUGUGCAAUGCCUUCUUGCAGCAAUACAUCCAAUACCUGCAGAGCAUGGGCUUCAUUCUGGUCCAGGUGCGGCCACCCUCACCCACCACUCGCAGUAGCACAAGCCGGAUCCGAGCUCUGGCAGCAAUGGGUGUGGAGGGCAGAGGGUCCUUUUCCUACACGAAGCCAAAAGCAGAGGGGAGUCCAAAGAGCACAAGCCCUGCUGUUGCCACCUAUCAUCUACAGAGAGCUCUUCCUGGUGGGAUUGUGCUGAUGGAGCUGGCCUUCCAGGGCUAUUACUUCUGUGUGAAGCAGUAUGCGCUGGAGUGCUCACGGAUCCCCAUGGGCCAGUCUGUGAACUCCCAGCUCUCUAUGCUCUUCACGGAGGAGUGUGACAAGGUGCGGGACCUCAUGCACGUGCAUUCAUUCAGCUACGACUUCCACUUGCGUAUAGUCCACCAGUAUCUGCUGGGUUCCCACAUGACUCUCCGCCAGGGCUACCAUCUCACCAGCUUCCUGGAGGAUUUCAUUGCCCACCACCCCGACAUCCCCAAAUUUGGCCGCAACCACGUUUUCCAAGGCAUGCUGGCCCUGCCCACCAACAUGAUCACUGCGCACCAGCUGUACAACUACAUCGCCGACCACGCCAACACCUACCACAUGAAACCCCUCCGCAUGGCCCGGCCGGCCACGGGCAGUGACAACAAGAAGGGGACACCGGGCACAGAGCAGAAUGAAUAUGCGCUGGUCUCUAUUUGGAACAGCUCGGGCUCUUACAAGGACUCUGAAGGUCUGCGUCAUCAUGAUGACUUCGAUGUGUCCCUCCUGGUGUGUCACAGUGCAGCACCGUUUGAGGAGCAGAGUGAGGCAGAGAGACGCAUGCUCCGCUUGCGUUUCUACGUCAUCAUGACUAGCCAGCGGGAGCUCUUCCCCCGGCUCACAGCCGAUAUGCGACGCUUCAAGAAGCUGCCGCGCUUGCAGCGGGAAGUGCUGGAGCCUGUGGUGGGCCGGGCGGCGUGGGAGGCAGCGGAGCCGGAGACGAGCCUGGGGCAGCAGCAGACGGUAGAGCGGGAGCUGUGGCAGGACGUGGAGGACAGCAGCGAGUUCUACGCGGGGGGCACGCAAGUCAAACUGGGGCCUGGGCUCUUCUACACCUCACCACUCUUCCCCUUGCUGGCCUCCGAGGUGGCCUCAGCCCAGAAGCAGCUCAGCAGCAUGGUGCAGCUGGCCAAGUGCCACUGCCGCAGGGACAACCUCUGGAAGCGCCUCUUCCUCCUGGAGCCUCUGGCUUCUGACAAGCUGAAGCUGGGCAAGCUCUCACUGGUGGAGCUGGAGGAGCUGCUGGACGCCGUGCAUGGGAAAUCCAUUGCUGAUGUCGACCCCCAGCUGGGAUGCUUCCUCACCAUGACAGUCUCCUGGUACCAGAGCCUCAUCAAAGUGCUGUUGAGCCGCUUCCCCCAGAGCUGUCGGCACUUCCACAAUGCUGAAACCGGCACCCAGUAUCUGGUUGUGCUCAAUCAGAAGUUCACGGAUUGCUUCGUUCUUGUGUUUCUUGAUUCCCAUUCAGGAAAGACGAGCCUCACUGUGGUUUUCCGGGAGCCGUUCCCAGUGCAGCCCCAGAACAGCGAGAGCCCUCUGCCACAGCUUGUGUCCACGUACCACCACCUGGAGUCAGUUAUCAACACUGCUUGCUUCAACCUCUGGACAGGCCUGCUCUAG